GUCUCUGUACCAAUUCUCUCCAUUCUAAUCUUCAUAAUCAACAUUUUUCUUCGGAUUUUCUCGAGAAAAUGGCUCUAUGUUCUCGGAGAACAUAUGCUUAUUCCAGGGUGGAUAAUGAAGACCCUGAUGAGAAAAUUCACCGGCGAGCACAGUUCUUGAUCUACAAAGUGCUGGAACAGGCUGAUUCCAGGAGAAAACCAUCUUUUCUCCGUAUUAGAUUGUGUAGAUUAAAGGUGAAGAUUGGGAGGAAGUUGAAGUUGAGGAAGAGAAAGGUGGUUAGUUUUUGUGCAGCCAGAGUUCGUGUUCACAAGAAGAUCUUAAAGCAACUGAAAUCUUGGAGGCUUUUGUUUAGUAGAGGAGGAACCAAUAUUGCCACUCUUCCUCCUCCUUUGUUCACUUGAUCAUCACCCGUAUACGGCUUCAACCUUUUCUCUUUGAAUUUAAAAUUUCAUGUUUUGAUUUUAAUUUUUUUCUUUUGAUGUAAUGUUUCUCUUUCGUACAAGGAAAAACAUCGUCUCUUAUAGUAUUCAAACGUUGAGAUGAUAUGGAAGGUAGGAGAUUUGACGAAGAAGAUGGCUAUUUAUUUCCCAUCAAAUGUUAGAAAAGAAAGAUGAAAAAAGAAAAAACCAAAGUUAGAGGUGUUGAGUGGCCUUUUUGAACGUUUGCCAUGAAAGUACCUUGUCAGGAAAUGAGUGUUCAACCCAGUAUUCCGUGUUAAAGAGUAUGAGGUUUGUAUUUUCGUAUACAAAUUGCACAUUGCUUUCCUUCUAUCAGCGUCUUUAUUCAAUAAAGAACUUGAAUUAUUGAGACUUAUUGAGAUUAUCUUUGAGGCUUCUUCCUGUGGUCAUGAUUUGCAUUUUUGUGUCAAUCCAUAAUUUAUGUGGGCUUGAUGUUUCAUUAAAGAUGUGGCAACCAUGCGUUUAUUGAGAUGAUCUUUGAGGCUCCUUCCUGUGGUCAUGGACUUUGCUCCAUGCAUUACUUCUAUAGUUCCAUGGAAUAUUCCAUGUAUUUUGAAAAUUAAAGAUGUGGAAACUAU